AUGAAUAAAAAAUUAAGGAAUGUGUUAAAGUCUGAAAUAUUAGGGAUUAUAGACAGAAUACCAGAAAGUCAAAAAUUAGAUGUGAAUAAAACAUUUGAAAAUGAUCAGUUAUUGGGAAAAUUUUAUAAUGAUGAAAUCCAAUCAGUCUUCACUGAUAAUCGAUAUCAUAGUUCAGAGAUAUCAGAAACUGAUAACGAAAGUCUCAAACAAAAGAUUUUGCGUACCUUUUUACGAGAUUAUAUAGAUACUGAAUUCAGCCAAGCUUCAAAGAUAAGAACAUGGUACAACAGAUCGUUAAAGUCAUACAUUAGAAGAUAUAGUAAUGUUAACUACUCUUCAGUCUGUGAAGAUACAAAUAAUGUCGAAGAGAAGGAUUAUAGUCAUAAUAGAAACUAUGUUGACAGUUUUGAAAAGAAUAAUAGAAAUAGUGAAAGAAGAAAUAGAAGUUUAGUAUCGAUGGAAUAUAAUAGUAAUUAUGAGAAGGAUGACAAUUAA